CCUCCACCUCUCUCUCUCUCUCUCUCUCUCUCUCUCUCUCUCUCUCUUUUUCCCACAUUGCCAUGUCAUUCUCUACGUCAAUGUGUGGCGAACAGUAAGCCCCUGAACUCCAGCGGGACACUCUCUCUUUUGGAGAACAAGCAACGUGCGUUCACAGAGUCCCAGAGUCAACAAGCAACCAACCAACCAACCGACCAACCAACAGCCCCACACCAAAACCAGCGACACAACACCAACAUGGCGAUGGCGCCAGUGGACCCGGUGGAGCAGCCGCGCAUGUACCAGCAGACGCUGCUGCAGGACGGGCUGUGCGACCUGCUGGAGAGCGACCGCUUCGUGGACUGCGUGCUGAAGGUCCAGGAGAAGGAGUUCCCGUGCCACCGGCUGGUGCUGGCCGCCAGCAGCCCGUACUUCAAGGCCAUGUUCCUCUCCAACCUGGAGGAGAGCAAGAAGAGGGAGAUCGUGCUCAAGGACGUGGACCCUCUGGUCAUGGGCAUGGUGCUGCGCUACCUGUACACCUCCGACAUCAACCUGACCGAGCAGAAUGUCCAGGACAUCUUCAUGGUGGCCAACAUGUUCCAGAUCCCCUCCAUCUUCAGCGUGUGCGUGUCCUACCUGCAGGGCAAGCUGGUGCUGAGCAACUGCCUGGCCAUCUUCCGGCUGGGCCUGCUGCUGGACUGCCCGCGCCUGGCCUCGGACGCCCGCGACUUCAUCUGCGAGCGCUACGAGCUCAUCGUGCGCGACCAGGACUUCCACCAGCUGGGCCCUGGCGAGCUGGCGGCCAUCAUCACGUGCGACUCGCUCAACGUGGAGAAGGAGGAGGCGGUGUUCGAGUCCCUGAUGGACUGGGUGAACUACGACAAGCAGGAGCGCAUGAAGGACCUGCCGGACCUGCUGCACUGCGUGCGGUUCCGGCUGAUGCCGGAGGACUACUUCGCGGCGCAGGUGGAGGGGCACCGGCUCAUCAAGCCCAACUCGGAGCUCAAGAAGCAUCUGCAGCUGAUCAAAGACGCACAGAAAGGGAUAUUCCCAAAGCCCAAAGUGCCAGGGAGGGACGAGGGAGCGUCUGGAGAUGAGGAAGAUAACAAUGAGGAAGAGGAAGGAGGUCUGCUUCCAGGUAUUCUGAACGAUAACCUGCGUUACGGCAUGUUCCUGACGGACCUCAUUCUGAUGAUCACUGACUCUGGGGCGAUCGCGUACGACCCGUUAGGAAAUGUGUGCUACAUCGCAUCCACCAGUACCGAGGUGCCAAAGAAUCACUCCAGUCUGGUGACCAAGGAGAACCAGAUCUUUGUGGCCGGGGGCGUUUUUAUUGAUGAGAAUAACAAGGAGGAGCCACUGACCUCCUACUUUCUACAGUUUGACCCGGUGAGCUCCAACUGGUUGGGCAUGCCCUCCAUCCCCAAUGCGCGCUGCCUCUUUGGACUGGCGGAGGUGGAGAACUCGGUCUUUGUGGUGGGAGGAAAGGAGCUGAAGGAAGGGGAACACACUCUGGACUCUGUCAUGAUCUAUGACAGGCAGUCUUUCAAAUGGGGAGAGUCGGAUCCUCUUCCAUACAGCGUCUAUGCACAUGGAACUGUGUCACACAAAGGACUGGUCUAUGUCAUCGGCGGAAAGUCUGAAAGCAAGAAGUGCCUGAGAAGGGUCUGUGUGUACGACCCGACAAAGUUUGAGUGGAGAGAUCUGGCCCCGAUGAAGACAGCCCGCUCUCUCUUUGGCUGCUCGGUGCAUAACGACAAGAUCUACGUGGUGACGGGGGUCACCGAUGAUGGCUUGACGAGUAGUGUUGAGAUCUACGACAUAGCCAGCAACAAGUGGUCGGCGGGGGAGGAGUUUCCCCAGGAGAGGAGUUCCCUGAGUCUCAUCACCCUGACCGGGGCCCUGUACGCCGUGGGAGGCUUCGCCAUGAUGCCGAGCGAGGAAAGUGAAGACAGCGAGAAGCUCGUCCCCACCGAAAUGCACGACAUCUGGAAGUUUGAUGAGGAGGAGAGGUGUUGGAACGGCAUCCUGAGAGAGAUCCAGUAUGCAGAGGGUGCCACCAUCCUCGCCGUGCGGCUCAAUGUCCUCCGGCUCAAGAAGCUCUGAUCAGCCAUGCUCGCCCGACUGCCACCUAGGGGUGCCCGCCUGUGACUGAACACAAGGAACAGCAAGAGCAGCAGAUAUGGAGCUCGGGAAAGAGCCCACAGUCGCACAGGGGGGGCUGUGACGGUUAUCGGACUAGAAAUAUUUGCCUCCGCCUCAAUGGUGCAAGUGCCUUCCUUAAUAUGCUCAUUCCACUUUUUUAAUACUCAUACCACCAGGAGAACAAACUGUGACAUUUGGUUACAAAAGACUGUUUGAAUGAUUCGUAAAACAUGAGGUAUGGAAUGUGAAGCUGCAAGAAAGAAACACGGUCUUUGGCCUGGACCAGGUUCCCUGUUUAUGCUGUUCCCAGUGUCCUCCACCAGAGGGAGUUAGUUGGGCAAAUUGAGAAGAGAGACCAUGAUGUUUUUCAACAUGAUCUCCCAGAAGUCUGUGAAAUGAACAUGCACCAUUGUGACACAAAAUUCAAAACGCAUUCUCUAUAUUUUCACAGCUCCCUUGUGUUCCAUGUUCCCAGUUUUUGGUUUCAACUUGUGUUCUCUCAGGAUUUUUUCUAAUUUCAUAUAUUUGUUUUUUCCUCUUUUCUUACUGAGAGGUAUAUGGAUUGUUUUGGUCUGGGCUAAGCUUGUACUGCACGCAUUCUUUCGUUUAGUACAGCAAUUUGGUAGGCCAAGUGGAAAAGUUGAAUUACUUAAACUCCUGUAGCAAAUUAGAAACAGAAUUUUGUAUUAACAGACUGGAAAAGGUAGGCUAUUUAACCACUGGUUUGUCAGUUUUCUAAUACCAGACUUCACAUAGUGCUGUGGGAACAUAGAGAAAGCACUUUUGUGAGUAACAUCAGAGAAUUUUAGCAAAAUCUGUGAAACUGCCACUGAUUUUGUGUCCCAAAUGAUCCCUGUUCAUUUCACAGAAUUCUGUCAGAUCAGGCUGUAUUUUUUAAGUCCUUGUUAUCAGUAAAGAUUAUUUUUUGAACAGGUCAUGUCAUCUCAAGAGUUUAUUUGUAAGCAACAAUAACAAAUGCAGUUGUAUGUUUACCUCUAAUCUCUUUGAAGUCCAUGUUGAAUGCUGGCAAAAUUGAAAUGUAAUUUUUGAGGAAUGAGGAUGCUGCAUGUGCCUUCUCGAAGCAGAAAAAGGAAGGAUGGAUUGUUUUGUUAUUGCUUAUCAAGUGCUUGUUUAAGAUUUUAUGAUUGCUCAUGUCUGUCACCAAAGAUUUUAGUAUUACAAAGAAAACAUUAAAAAACUGUAUGAAA